AAACACCCUUCCGUCCGAAAAACCCUACUGAAGUACCUACCCAUCCUCUUCUCCCCCCCUUCCUCUCACCCUCACCCUCAACUCUACAGUAAUGGAGAACCAGAAACAAGAAGAAGAGGAGCAAAUCGUAACCCCAUGGGAGGUAACAGCUGAGAAGGGCGGAAAAAUUGACUACGACAAGCUCAUCGACAAGUUCGGCUGCCAGCGUCUCGACCAAUCCCUCGUCGACCGCGUUGCCCGUCUCACCGCCCGCCCGCCCCACGUUUUUCUUCGCCGUGGCGUCUUCUUCGCGCACCGUGAUUUCAAUGACGUCCUGGAUGCGUACGAGAGGGGAGAAAAGUUUUAUCUGUAUACGGGCCGAGGCCCAUCGUCCGAGGCUUUGCAUUUGGGCCAUCUGGUGCCCUUUAUGUUCACCAAGUAUCUGCAAGAUGCAUUUAAAGUGCCGCUUGUGAUACAACUUACUGAUGAUGAGAAAUGCAUGUGGAAGAAUUUGACAGUGGAGGAAAGUCAGAGACUUGCACGUGAAAAUGCUAAAGAUAUAAUUGCUUGUGGGUUUGACGUUUCGAGGACAUUUAUUUUCUCUGAUUUUGAUUAUGUUGGAGGUUCCUUCUACAAGAACAUGGUCAAAAUUGCAAAGUGCGUCACAUAUAAUAAGGUAGUUGGUAUUUUUGGUUUCAGUGGAGAAGAUCACAUUGGCAAAGUCAGCUUUCCACCUGUGCAGGCAGCUCCAUCCUUUCCCAGUUCUUUUCCACAUCUAUUCUCUGGUAAAGAUAGUCUGCGAUGCCUGAUUCCUUGUGCAAUUGACCAGGAUCCUUACUUCCGAAUGACAAGAGAUGUUGCUCCACGAAUAGGUUAUCACAAGCCUGCUUUGAUCGAAUCAUCAUUCUUUCCUGCCCUUCAGGGCGAGACGGGAAAAAUGUCUGCCAGUGAUCCAAAUUCUGCUAUAUAUGUGACUGAUUCUGCUAAGGAUAUAAAAAACAAGGUAAACAGAUAUGCUUUCUCCGGUGGACAAGAUUCAAUAGAGAAUCACAGGAAGUAUGGAGCAAACCUUGAGGUAGAUAUACCUAUUAAAUAUCUUGGCUUUUUCUUGGAGGAUGAUGCUGAACUUGAACACAUCAGAACAGAAUAUGGUGCAGGUCGUAUGCUAACAGGUGAAGUGAAGAAGCGUCUUAUCGAAGUUUUAACUGAACUGGUUGAAAGACAUCGCAGGGCUAGAGCGGCUGUGACUGAUGAGAUGGUCGAUGCAUUUAUGGCAGUACGUCCACUCCCUAAUAUGUUCAGCUAGACUGCCAUUGGAGAUGUCAAUUUCCAUGUAACAUUUUCCUUUCUUCACACACCCAUUUGUCGAGUUUUUUAGCUCUGGCAGAGUAGAAGCUCAAAGAGAAACAAAGUAAUUUUUCUGCCAUUUUCAUACAUGGUAUAGAUUUUAACAAUCGUUGUUACAGAGCACCAUAAACAAAACUAAUGGUGAUUGUUGUGAUUCAUACCUUCCCUGAUUAGAUGUAUCGAACGAUCUGCUUUUUCUUAGAA